AUGCGCGAGUUUAUGGACCACGUCCUGCAGUCCUUCCAGGAUGCGACAGGCUGGUAUCGCGACAACGGAUACGCCGAUCUGAAUCAAACCCCCAAUGAGUUGCUCAACUUUUACAUCCCGGGCGGUCUGCGCUUGACGCUCGCCUCUCUCGCGACGCCCCAAUUUGCGACAUCCUACACCCUUGGCUCCCUGGGCUCUGUCGAUGGAUCGAUUUCCUACCUUUACUCGUCGCUGCCCCUACAUAACGUAAUCGCCCAGUCGGCAACUAUUCCUCUGCCCACGCUCCUCCGCUCGUACCGUCAGAUCCGCGAGUUGCCGGAACAGGCCGUUUCCCAAAAGACAUGGAACGCUGCAGCGGCCGGUUCAUUGACGCAUGGCGCUUUUGGGGACGAGGUCUUGAAGCAGGUGCGCGGGUUCGUCGCAAGGCCCACGCUCCUGUACGGACGACUGUAUCUCCCGCAAUCUAGACUUGAAGCCUUGGUGGUCAAACGGCUCUCUCCGGCCGUUCAGCUCCAGUUGCGAGCAGUGAGCGAGGCAGAGCUGCGCAAUGGCGGGACCGUGUUGGGCCUCGUGCAGUAUGAUCGUGGUGGAUUCGCCAUUGAGAGCCUCGCAUCGACUGACGGGGGCCUUCUAGGCUUGAGAGGAUUGUACAAUUUCGGGGGCGACGCGUCACCGGUCAGCCCAACGGCACCGGGUCCUCGCUCCUUUGCGGACCAGACGGGCGUUGGCUUGGGCGUGGAAAGGGAGCGAAUAUAUGGACGGUUCAGCGCAGGCGGUGAGGUUUACUAUGGCACACUGAACAAGUCCGCUGGCAUGUCACUCGGCGCGCGUUUCGCCACGUUGCCUGCGCACCGUGGCACCCCACUUACGGCGACACUGACGAUCAACCCGUUGAUGGGCAGCAUAUCCGCUAGCUACGCAGUGAUGGCUCGAGAAUACUGCUCCCUAGCGACCAAGUUUGACUUCAACGUCUUCAGCUACGAGAGCGACUGGUCUGUAGGCAUGGAGCUAUGGAGCAAAAGGCGUCUUGCGGGGCUGGUUGGCGAGGACCUGGGCCAGGUCGAGGGGCUUGCAGACGAGCCCCCGAGAAAGAAGGAGAGGAGUUUCCAAGCGAAGAUGGAGUGGAGGCUCGACGAUCCAGAACCGGUGCGGGUCCCAGAAAAGACGGAUACCGGUCGCGGUACAACGCCAUCGGACCCCGAUAACGAGUACCACGGCGUUUUGAAGGCUCGCCUGGACCAGAACAUGAAGAUUGGCCUCUUGUGGGAAGGCAGAGUUAAGUCUUUGUUGUUCAGUGUGGGCACAGGCAUUGACCUGCGAAGGUUGGACCAGCCGUUCAAACCGCUGGGGCUUGAGAUCCAAUUCUCUUCCUAA